UGCCUUUCUUCAUGGUGAUCUGGAAGAGGAAAUAUACAUGGAGCAACCUCCUGGAUUUAUUGCUCAGGGGGAGUCUGGCUUGGUUUGUAAGUUACGUCGUUCUCUCUAUGGCUUGAAGCAAUCACCUCGAGCUUGGUUUGGUAAAUUUAGUCAGGUAGUGCAAAGGUUUGGAUUGAAACGAUGUGAGGCAGAUCAUUCAGUGUUUUAUGGUCACUCUUCUCCUGACAAAUGUGUUUAUCUCAUGGUGUAUGUUGAUGAUAUUGUUAUUAUAGGAAAUGACAUAUCCAGAAUUACUCAGUUAAAGAAUCAUCUGUUCAACCACUUUCAAACUAAAGAUCUGGGUCGUCUAAAAUAUUUUCUUGGUAUUGAAGUGGCACAGUCAAAAGAUGGUGUCAUCAUUUCACAAAGGAAAUAUGCUCUUGACAUUUUAGAAGAAACAGGUCUAACAAAUUGCAAGCCAAUUGAUAGUCCUAUGGAUCCAAAUCAAAAGUUAAUGAGAGAUCAGGGUGAACUCUUCUCAGACCCAGAGAGAUAUAGAAGGCUAGUUGGAAAACUCAUCUAUCUCACCAUAACAAGACCCGAUCUUUCUUAUUCAGUUGGAAUUGUGAGUCAAUUUAUGCAAAAUCCACAUGUUGAUCAUUGGAAUGCAGUGCUUCGCAUUCUCAGAUACAUAAAAGGAAGCCCAGGACAGGGACUAUUGUAUGAGAACAAGGGAAACACUCGAAUCGAAGGAUAUUGUGAUGCAGAUUGGGCUGGUAGUCCAAUUGAUCGAAGAUCGACUACAGGAUAUUGUGUUUUACUCGGUGGGAACCUUGUAUCUUGGAAAAGUAAGAAACAAAAUGUUGUUGCCCGAUCUAGUGCUGAAGCUGAAUACCGAUCUAUGGCUCUAACUACAUGCGAACUUGUGUGGAUUAGACAACUUCUUCAAGAAUUGAAAUUUUGUGAAAAUGAGCAAAUGAAACUGUACUGUGACAAUCAAGCAGCUCUUCACAUUUCUUCCAAUCCUGUGUUUCAUGAGAGAACGAAACACAUAGAAAUUGACUGUCAUUUUAUUAGGGAGAAGUUAUUAUCCAAGGAACUAGUUACUGAAUUUGUCAAUUCUAAUGAACAACUUGGAGACAUUCUGACCAAAUCUCUAAGGGGGCCUAGAAUUCAAUUCAUAUGUUCCAAGCUUGGUGCAUAUGAUUUAUAUGCUCCAGCUUGAGGGGGAGUGUUGAAAUAUAAUAUGUUUUAGAUAUAGACUCUUUAAGAGUCUUCUAUGUUUUUCCUUUGUUUUCACUGUUCCUACUUUCACUGUUGAUUAUGUUUGUAUAAGUAUGAUUAGUGAUGUAUUAGGAAAGAAGAAGAAAUAAUAGAGGUUUUGUUUUAAUCUCUUUCUCUCUAAAUAUUCAAGU